UGCUUCAUCCAACCUGAACAUUCAGCAAGUGCACGAUGGUGCCCAAGGCAGCAAUCAAGAGUCGCAGUCUGAGGAUGAGCCUCAUGUCCUGAAGCACCAAGUGACCAAGCCAAUCAUCCAAGAGGAGAUUCACCCAGUAAUCGAAGAGAUUAUGACUAUCGUCGCAAGAGGUCAGGAGCAGAGACAAUCUGGUUAUGGUGGUGGUGGUCAGUCGGGAGGCUACGGAAUGUCUGCCGGUGGCUCCCUUGGUCUUGGCGGCGCCAUUGGCGGUGGCAUCUCAAUCGGUGGCGGCAGUUCUUCAUCUGGUUCAUCUUCAUCGGCCUCAUCAGGCAACAGCAGCCCCAUUGAAAUAAAGGCAACCUCAGGCAGCGGACUUGGCAAAGGACUGGUUGGAAAGACCGCCGGUGGCUAUGCAUCCUCAGCUAAGGCCUCAUCAGGUGGAACAAAGGGCUACUAA